AUGCCCAUUCCUGUAGAUCAAUAUCACUACGAUACAACAACGACAAACCAUGUAUUCUCAAAGAUAAUCAGCAUUAUUCUGCGCUCAAGAUUGCAGCAUCAAGGGAAAUCAAGCUGCUUGAACAAUGAGCGACAUGAGCAAUGUAUAGACACAUCCAUCGACGAGGAGAUGGAAACAGCCAGCAUUGUCAUCAACAUUCUCCAGAAAGAAUCAGAUGAUCUGCUGGAGCGUUGGAUCAUGUCGUUUGAUGUUGCAGAAGAAGCAAGCUCCAAUGAUAAGAAUGAUUUCAUCCAAAGUGUCAAUGAUUUCAUCCACCAAAUGCCUGCCAACGAAUUCAAAUCAUUGUAUACCAUAUCCUGCUUCAACAACUCGUCAAAUUCACAGUGCUACUCUCAUAUAUCGAGUCAGGACAGAAUUGAAUUCAGGCAAGAUGCUCAAUUGAAAGCUCAGCGGUUCCAUCUACCAAGUCUAAGCUUGGAAAUCGUCUAUGAUGAGAAGCCUAGAAAGAAGCCAACCAUCUCGCUACAGUCACUAUCAAGCCCUUCAUUCAUACCUUGGUCUAAAAUGCAGCAAUCGCAAUCGACUCAGCAUGAGGCAAUCCAUCCUCUCGCCAAUAUUCCCACAAGGACCGCCACCACUGCUCCUCCUGCUCAUCUUGUAUCACCAGCAAUUGUUGUCAAUCAUACCCCAAUCAUUGCUGUUCGAAGACUCUCUCGCUUAUCGCUAUCUGCCAUUGACGAUGAAGAUGACGACGAUCAAGUGGAAGAUGUAGGCAACUCACCUUUAGCUAUACCCAUUCCAUCACCUAGAAUGCAAUAUACCCAUCACGGUGGACAUCAUACCGGAGUUCGCACGGCAUUUGCCUACUCCACAUCGCCCAUCAACAACCUGUUAUCGCCCACCAGCCCUUCAGCGGCGUUGAUGGACCAUCCUCAGAUGAUGGAGCGUCGGAACUCAUUAACAGAUCAGCAGCAACACCACGGCUGCUUUGUUGGAAGUUUUGAAGAAUCGUUGUUUUCGGGAAGAAUGUCAUCCAUGCCAUCAAAGCCAAUUACAUUUCAUAGUCAAAUUGGCGUGUUGGGCUAUGGAGAUUGCAAGCCUUCGCUGAAAUGCCCGCCUCAUUGGUCUAUUGUAUUCCCAGCCACAUUCUACAAAUUACCUCAGGAUGAUAUUAUCACACCCUACGUAGGCACAGUGGAUGUGGGAGAAUAUGCGGCAUUGCAUUUCGAAAAGAAACCUCAGCCUGGAUACCGCAUACCACCCAAAGGCCAGCUACAAGUGGUCAUCAAGAAUCCCAACAAAACAGCCGUAAAGCUAUUCUUGAUUCCCUAUAAUGUGACAGACAUGCCAAAGAAUACCAAAACUUUUCUACGACAAAAAUCAUAUGUAGUAGAUCAAGAUGACGAUAAAAAGCAGCUCUUACGAUAUGCAAUUCAUGUACAGAUUUGCAGGACAGAGAAGAAACGUAUCUACCUCUACAAGACCAUGCGCAUCGUCUUUGCCAAUCGAAAAGCAGAUGCUCGAGAAAAGUUCAAUGUCGUCUGUGAAGGGCCCAAAGAGCCUGUCUAUAUACCAAUGUAA